GCAUCUACCUUAACUGCAAGACUGUCUUCCUGUUGGCAGCUUGGCAGCAACCACCAUGGCCCAUACUGUUCAACAAGUAACAUCAGAAGACAUCGUACUUGCACCGCUACCCCCACCCGUAAUCAAUUUAGAAAUGGGAUCAUCAGACGACGAGACGCCAGCUACUGUUCCCGCAGAAGAGCCGACGGCAGAGGAGGAGAAACCCAAAGAAGGGGCUCCCAAGGAUGCCGGUGCAGAAGGCGAAGAAGAGGCAACCAAAUUGCCGUGCUCCGUGUGUGGCGAAGAAUGCUGGCAAACGGGGUGGUUCUUACCUGCCGAAACAGAGGGGUCGACAGAGCGCAAGAGUCUAUGUGAUGACUGUUUUCUGGUGAGGCCGGACAUUAAAGGGGCGGAUCGCUGCUUACGAGGCCAGCUCAAGGUGCUACCUCCCAAAAAGCCAAAGAAACCCAAGGUGGCCAAGAAGCGUGGCGCCAAGGCCAAGCAUUGAUUGAUUGACUUGCAUGCAGUACUGUACUGUUGCGAGAUGUGGUUGUUUGGCGGAAAUGGAAAUUGAACAGAAACGGACUGGGUUUAACUGGGGAAUACUAUGACAGCCAAUUUUCUCGCACACAUACAGUACGCACAUCCAUCACUAAAUUGGAUUGAUGCCCAUAAUUUCUUGUUGGUCAUUUUCACAACCUUACUUACCUCCAUCACUACUGUGCUGAGCUGUAUAAUCACGAUGAUUGAGCUGUAUUCAUUGAGCGAGCUUUCAGGGGGCUCACAAUCGGAGGGGCCGAUCUUCCCCUGCGGUAACCCGAUCUUCUUUGCUAGCUAGCUAGUUUUCUGCUUUUGGAACUACUAGUAUGGCCUUCAGCACAACUCAGUAGGAUCUCCCACAUCGUCGCACUUCUGAUUUGUGAAGCAGAGGCCGUGGCAUACGUGAAGCAGAACACCCAGCUAUCUACCAAUGGAAUUUGCUUUCUUUGUCU